AUGUCUAAAAUCCCAACCAUCCAAACCCAAGAGCUCACGAAUCCACAUGGGUGCGAGGCAGCAAUCCAUUUGAUGAGCAACAUGAUUCCCGCUGAUAUCAGACCGGCAACGGGUAACGUCACAACCCAAGAAAUCACAAUAUUUCGGAAAAUCGACCACUUGAUUCCUUCACCGGAACGUAUCGAACCGACGGCGACAACACUACCAACCUGA